UAAUCUGAUAAUAUUGUUGAAAAACAUAUAUAUAUAUGUACUUGGGAGGAUAAACAGAUGAAUUACAAGAAAGUGACACGUGGAACUGCUGUGUAAAACAAUAAAGUGACAAUAAGUCUGAGCGCGUCGACCAGGCGCCAUGUACGGAAAACUUUUAUUUCUCUCCGCCCUGGCACUCGCCCAAGGUAACAUCUUACCCAACCCGAAUGCUGUGGAAGAAUGUGACGAGUGUCCCCCAGAUAUACACUGGCUGUUACCCCACGAGUACGACUGUACGUUGUUUUACUACUGCGAGUAUGGACUUAAGUGGACAGAGCCAAGACAGUGUGCUCCUGGCACGGAAUUCUCUUACGCUUUACAAGUGUGUGUACAUCCGUCGUUAGCAAACUGCGAUUUGCCGGGACCACCAACUGAUGCGGCAAACUCAAGUACCACUGCCAAUCCCGACCCAACUGUCAAUCCCGACUCAACUGUCACCUCAAACCCAACCAUCAACCCAGAUUCAACACCCAACCCGGGAUCAACCACAGAGGAACCAUACGAGAAUGGAACACUCCCAAACGGUUGCCCGUCCGACUUCGACGUUCAUCAACUUUUACCGCACGAGAGUAACUGCAGCAAGUUCUACUACUGCGCAUUCGGGGAGUUAGUCGAGAGAGAUUGUCCUCGAGGUACCCACUUCAACCCAACACUGCAAGUUUGCGAUUGGCCCGGAUCUGCAGGUUGUGAGAACACAAGCUCUGAAGAGGUUGAAGGUAGCGGUGAUCCUGACAUAGAUUCUGGUGAGGAUCUACCUAAUGAAUGUCCUGACGACUUCGAUGUGCACCUUCUACUGCCUCACGAGACGGACUGCGACAAAUUCUACUAUUGUGUGUUCGGUGAGAAGGUCGUAAGAGACUGCGCUCCAGGGACACAUUUCAGUGCAUCACUGCAGGUUUGCGUGUGGCCCGCAAUAGCUGGAUGCGAAAACAUCACCACGACUACUUCACCGUCUCCCGACCUGUCGACCACACAGGAGCCGUGUGACGAAGAUGAAAGAUUACCGAACGGCUGCCCACUCUGUCCCGACGUCCACUUGCUUCUCCCUUCGCCUAAUUGUAGUCAAUUCUACCAGUGCGUCUUUGGUGAACUAGUGGAGAGAGAUUGCCCAAGAGGUCUCCACUUCAAUCCUGUUUUACAGGUUUGUGACUAUCCUGCAAAUGCUGGAUGCGAACCAAUCAGACCUCCCUGCACUCCUGGAGGUGGUGGCUGCGGGAGCAACACUACCACUCCGGAACCAACGACUACCACUACCACUCUCGAACCAAUAACUACCACUACCACUCCCGAACCAACGACUACCACUACCACUCCCGAGCCAACAACUACCACUACCACUCCCGAACCAACGACUACCACUACCACUCCCGAACCAACGACUACCACUACCACACGUACAACAACUACUACCAGUGCCCCUAGUAGUACUUCUACUACCACUACUGAAGCUCCCCCUGCCGAAACAACCACAGUUGAAAGCUCGUCAACCACGGACGACUGUGAUACCGAACCACCUUGUGAUGAGGAUGCAAGGCUACCAAACGGAUGUCCAGUGUGUCCCGACAUUUCCUUACUCCUGCCUGCUGCCAACUGCAGUCAAUUCUACUACUGCGUGUUCGGAGAGAAAGAGAUAACUGACUGUCCAGGAGGACUUCACUUCAACCCUGUCUUGCAGGUUUGUGACCAACCACAAAACGCCGGAUGUGAAUCGCUCCCCGUCAGACCACCCUGCACACCUGGAGGUGGAGGCUGUGGAAGCAACAGUACCACCACUACUACUACCACUCCCGAGCCAACGACUACCACUACCACUCCUGAGCCAACAACUACCACUACCACUCCCGAGCCAACGACUACCACUACCACUCCCGAGCCAACAACUACCACUACCACUACCACUCCUGAGCCAACAACUACCACUACCACUCCCGAACCAACGACUACCACUACCACUACCACUCCCGAACCAACGACUACCACUACCACUCCCGAGCCUACAACUACCACUACCACUCCCGAACCAACGACUACCACUACCACUCCCGAGCCAACAACUACCACUACCACUCCCGAAUCAACGACUACCACUACCACUCCCGAGCCAACAACUACCACUACCACUACCCGAACCAACGACUACCACUACCACUCCCGAGCCAACAACUACCACUACCACUCCCGAGCCAACAACUACCACUACCACUCCCGAACCAACAACUACCACUACCACUCCCGAGCCAACAACUACCACUACCACUCCCGAGCCUACAACUACCACUACCACUCCCGAACCUACAACUACCACUACCACUCCCGAGCCAACAACUACCACUACCACUCCCGAGCCUACAACUACCACUACCACUCCCGAACCUACAACUACCACUACCACUCCCGAGCCAACGACAACUCGUACAACCACUACAAUCGGAUUACCACCUGGUAACCAAAAAUGCAUAGAAGAAUGCAACCCUCUUCCAUGGGCCGACGAUGAUUGUGACAAGUACUGGAUAUGCGAAGGACAAAAUCCUGUCUUAGUGACAUGCUCUGAGGGUCUACAUUUCAAUCCAAACACUCUGACUUGCGACUUUAUUUGCAACGCCGGAUGCGAGAGGAUCGAAAUUCAAUCGACCGUAGAAUCUGGCGGUAUAAGGUUGUAUGUACCGUGGGACAAAACGGAUACACUCAUUUCAGAGCUAAUAAAUAAAAAGAAUUAAUUAUUAUAUAAAUUUAUUGCAUAUGUAACGCAAAUAUAUAAAAUAUUUGUAAUAUAUUAUAAGUAAAUUAUUUGGCAAUUCAAAA